CGACGCGGGCUGUGCUCCUUUCUCUUCGACUCGCGGUCAUGGACCGCACAACCCUCUCUAGUUGUUUCUGCUCCUUCACCUCACGGUAGACGAAGGGUCUUUCCCUGUAUGACUAGUCCCACCGCCACUUGUACAUGAUCCAAGCGCAUACGUACAUAUAUUUAUAUAUAUAUAUAUAUAUUUAUACCUAUACAUCUCUAUAUGUACUUUUAUGUAGUCAUACGGGUGUCGUUACCUGGGCGCACUGGUUCCAUAUCCAGUGCGAGGAGCCUUCGUGUGCAUGUCCAUUCCGAGCUCUGUCUCUUCUUUCUCUGCUUCCUCUUCUUCUCCGACUUGAUUCGCGUCUUGUCAAGUGUUGGGGUAGAAUGGCAGAUGUGACGGCGCCAGUGGACGAGACAGAGACGCCUCUGUCACAGGAGUCCAGCAGCGCCGCUUCCGGAGAGGCAGGGAGACGCAUGUGUUUCAUUUGCCUCGAUGGAGUGAAGAGAAGUCGACGGAACGGCCAACUCACAGGCGACCUCCUGCCCUGCUGCUCUCAGUGCUUCGCUGUUGUUCAUCGCAAAUGCUGGUCAAUCUACCGCAGACGCCAGCAGCUUGCAGCUUUCCGCUCCCGGUUGCUGGGCCAGCGAACGCCGAACCCUAAUCGCUGUUCCAUUUGCAAAACGGGUCGUGCGGGAGUGGAGGGGGACGAGACGUUUCAGCCGCAGCGUCGACAGAACAGUGGAUCAACUGGAAGAGGAGUCAGUGGAACGACUUCUGCUCUUCAAGAGCAGCUGCUGGCAUCCCUGGGGCGGCUGCUGCAAGACGACGAUGACGACGCAGACGAUCCUCCACUCUGUUCUGGCAUGUGCACUUGCAUCAAUACGGGACUACUUCUGGGGGUCCUUCUGCUCGACCUCAUUCUCAUUGCGACGACGUCGCUCUACCCCCUGGAGGUUCUUCUUCUCUCGCUUUUUAUCACUUACAACAUUGUGACGCUGCAAAUUAUCUGGCUUGCAGUGAAACAGAGAAGAGAGUCGGUAGGGCCGCUUCUAUCUCCAGAAUUGGAGUCAGAUUCGAGGCAGGCAAGCGGCGGUGAGUCUCCCGACAGCAAUUCAGACGACAACUUGGACGGAAGUCGCGGAAACGGUAGCCCUACCGGAGGCCGGCAUUCCCGCCGUAGCGGAAGUUUGGACGGAGACAGUAGUGACUCUGGUCGGGUGGGCUACUUUGGCGUGCGUGACAUUGAUGUCAGUGAAGAAGAUUUGGAAAUUGGGGGCCGAGAGCGCGGGAGUUCUCGCGCAAGGCGCGUAGGACUAUGGACUGCGGCGGGAGGCAGAGCCGCGUCCGCCUCCAGUCGUGUGAUGAGUGGAGCGAGGUUUUUUUGGUGUUUUUUGUCAAGAGGUGGAACCUCCUCUGACCCGUCGCUUGGCGGCGAAACCGGUGGGUUAGGAGGUUCGGAGGGGCCUCCCAGCGAGGCGUUUCAUGUUGCCGGUUUAAGGCAAACGCCCCUGCUUCUUCCCGGUGUCGAGCUGCAGCUCCUUCGCGAAAGUCGACAAGAACAACGGGGGCAGUCAGGGAGAGAAGAAUUGCUGGUGUAGGGGGACAUGCGGGCUAUUGGAGGCGUCGCGCCGAGACGUGGUAAUGCUGUUAAAGAUGCGCGUGUUUUGUUAAUGGAAAGCCGCUCUUCUCGAAAAGUAGUACUGCCCUCUGUCGGUUGCUCCAUCAGACACACGACGGGGUCUAAGUUUUCUUUUCUGCG